ACACUUGUGCAUCGGCUCCUUGACAGUCUAAGUGUGCUUCAUGGUCAAAAUCCUCCAAUUCUCCACCGGGAUCUCAAACCACAGAAUGUUUUGAUUGAUGUUAACGGGAGGGCAAGACUAGCUGACUUUGGCAUAAGUAGACGGUUACCUAAAGGCCAAACAACUUUGCGCACUGGCAGUGCAGGAACAAAAUGCUGGAUGGCCAAGGAGACUUUGGCAGAAGAGGCUGACAUACCAUACAAGUCAAGCACAGACAUACAGGUGGCAGGGAUGCUGAUUUAUUAUAUUCUCUCUGGAGGAUCCCAUCCAUUCGGCAUAUCCUUUGAGUGUGAGUCUAACAUUUACUAUGGGAGGUACAAUUUGGACCAUGUUCAAGAUGUGGUGGCAAAGGAUCUCAUCGAGGGAAUGAUCAAUGAGAAACCGAAGAACAGACCUAAAGUGGAGGAAUGCCUGAGUCAUCCCUUCUUCUGGACCAGUGAAAAGAGAGUAGAAUACCUAAGAAGGAUUGGUAACAGGGAGGAGGUGGCAAACUGUCGAAAUGCUGACCAGGAAAUGAUUUGUUCCAUGGAAAAAUGUGCUGGGGAUGGAUCCUUCAAACUGUGGAAAAAUAAGUUUCCACCAGAGUUGGUCCAGAAGAUGGAUGAAUAUAACAAACCCUACCGUGAAAACACAGCGGGACUACUGCGCUUCAUACGUAACCUCCAUGAGCACUAUGCCGAGGAUGCAGCCAAACUUGACCUAAUGAAGAUGUUUCCUGAUCUCUUCGGAUGUGUUUACAAGUUUGCCAAGACCCAAGGAUGGAAUUCAGAGAUCCCCCUGAAGGAGAUGUUUCAAAGAGGAGACAUUUCCACCAGCUUUGAAAUGCUGUCCAUAAACCCAGAGGAGCAUCUUGGUGUCCCAGUUCAAGAGUCUCAGCCCAGUGACUUGAAGUAA